AGGGAUGCAAGAUAUCCGAAUUAUUAAUCUUUAGGUGAACCAAAAGUGAAGCUGUGUGACAAUCAAUAUCAGUUAGGAAGAGGCAGUGACAGCGUAACUGAUAAGAAGCAUGGAGUAGUGUUAUGGCCUAACCAACCAAUUAUGUGGUCCAACUAGCUAAUUAUAUAGUGACUGUGCUGGCAGGUCGGCAACUUUUGUUUGUAUAUGGUCAACUAAGCCUGUUUUCAGAGCUGUGAUUCGAUGCUCAUAUAAUUGCUUGAAUCUUGGGUUUUGGGUGGGUCAGUUAUAGUCUGUACUUCUGCCUCUUCGAUGCACCUGCCACUUUGAUAGAAAUAUCUUGGUGUUUUCAGUAAAAGAGUUUUGGGUCGAUGAGUCUGCACUAAGGACUGGUCAUGGCAUUAACAGGGUCAGAUGGUAGGCAAUAAUUUUCAUUGAUCAGGUGGUAGGUGCAUCCAGAGAGAUCUCUUGACACUUAUUUAGGACCAUAUCUGUUCUGUCUCUAUGGUGGAUCUUUUGUUAUCGUUAUGAAGUUUUUACUAUUUAGCAGUAUACAUGAUGUAGAGGUGUUGGUAGCAUAUGGGAACAUGUACUGCUUUGUAGUGAGGUAUGAAGCAACAGAAAUGCUUGUGAGGCUCUUGUGAUUAGGGUAUACCAGAAGUGAGACUAGCAGAGACAUAAGGGGAUGGAGAUGCAAGAAAAGAACAAUAAAAUUGGUACUUUAUAUGUGAAAUCUGAAAUCUUUAUGUAUUACCGUAGUCUUUGUUUUGUUUUCCUCUGACCUGUAUUAAGUUGUUUGGCUGUCAACUGAUAGUCUGGUGCCAAGAGCUGAGUACAAUUGCCAUUUGCCUUUGUUUCUUCCCUUGGGCCCUCUGGAGUCUGGACUUUUUCUUCACUUGUACUAGUCCAUCAUUAACCUAAUUUGGGUAGAGAUGGUCAAUAUCAGAGGUUUGUAACCAAUCUUGGUUAGAUACGUGUAACGUUUUCAUGCCGACGCAUAUCAUACACCUUUAAUCUUAAUGAGACUCAUGUUCUAUCAAUUAUCAUAUCAUUGUCAUACUUUACAGUAGAAUGUAAAACUGUUCAAAAUGCAUGCAUAUUUAUUUUCUGGUAGCUCUCAGGCAAUUGUCUACCACCUGUAGUGCGUUUGGUGAUGUGCAUCUCACCGCCUCUAUGGGCUUGUCUUCUCUUCCUCCACAUGCUCACGGUGUGAAGUAAAACCUGUGGCAUGUGCUGUGAAAAUAGAAAAAGCAUGUGCCUCAUAUUCUAAUCUGAUGAGUUCUUGUAUACUGUUCUACUUGCAGAUUAAAUAUAACCUCUGCAGAACCCAGUUAGUUACUGGAAAACAGGCCCAGGCACCUUUCCAUGGCACCGGUUGUUGACUGCUCUGCUGUCUGCACACUAAUGAUAAGCUGCCUGGUCCUUUUCGAAGAAAAAAAGAGGGGAGGUGGAUAGGCACCCAUGGCUGGGUUGCAAAGAUCGGCGACCACCUUCAGAAGGUCCGGCUCCUCGGGCCUGGUCUGGGAUGAGCGUUUCCUGACUGAGGCCGACGCCGAGGCGAAGGCCAGCGAUGGUGCCGCAGAGGAUCCCCAGCCGGAGCUCCGGCACUCCAGGAGCGUCGGGAGCAUCGGCAUGCUGCGCCGUGGCGGUGGCGACAGCGACAACAAGAAGGCGCGGGCGAAGGAGAAGAAGCAGAAGCAGGGGCACAAGGAGGAGGCGCGCAGCAACCAACAGCAGGUGUUCCGGACCAAGGACGUGGCCCCGGACGUCGACCCGCCCUCGCCGAGGGUGUCCGGCUGCAUCCUCUGCGCCAUCUUCGGCGGCAGCUCUGGCAGCACCGGCAAGGCACGCCGCCGGUCCAAGUCCAAGCCCAGGAAGAAGUGACGGCAUGGCAACACGUACGUACGUCGUUGCUGCAUCUGUUUUUCCCACUGUAAAAAGUUUGUUGGGGCCAUGGUUAUGAGUGAGUGCACAUGUUUAUACUGAUAGGGUCAUAUCAUAUGAGCUUUGCUACUCGAUAUACACCAUUUAGUCAGGUUAGUAGUUUCCUCUUUUUUGGGUCGGUUGGUUUCUUGAUCCAGAUCCAUGCUUUGAGGUUUGAGCGACGGUUUAGAUCUUGCUGGUAUAUGCAUGCAGCAGCUAUUGAGAUCUGGGGGCUAUUCUUCUUUUGUUCUUAGCUUGGUGCAACUUUCCCUCCUGUUCUGGUGCUAUUGCUGUGGUCAUUCUGGAAACCUUUGAGUGAGUUGAGCUA